AGUCUAAGAUGGCAGGUCUAACUUAUAUAUUGGACGAUUUGGACUACUAUUCAGUCGCCCAUCAAACCUACCUUGGCUACGCCACCAAAAGUGGGCCCGUUGGAAAUUGGAGCGAGGAGGCGUUUGCUGAAGUUGUUGUUGGGGGACUUUCUUCCAGGAUCAUGACAAAGAGACCUCUAACAGUGCUAGGAAUCGGAAGUGGAGCAGGAGACAUCGACCGCAAGAUGAUGUCGAAACUGUUGCCUUUAUUUCCCGAAGUCCACAACACGAUCGUCGAACCGUCAGAGUCACAGCUCUCCCUCUUUAAAGAGUUAGUGAAAGAAGACAAAGGAGAUCUACCCAACGUGACUUUCACUUGGAGGGAAGACACCGUCGACCGCUACGUUGAAGAGUUGGAGUCUAACCUGGGUGGCAGCGGCGGGAUAUGUGAAAGGUUUCAUCUUAUCCACCUCGUACACUCCCUGUACUAUACCGACGAUCUCACCAGAACUCUUCGUGUACUACAUCAGGCCUUGGAAGAAGGGGGUGUUCUCUUCAUAUCAAUAUUGCCAAAUGAUUCGGUCUUCAACAAGUUGGAUGAUAUUCAAAUCAAACAUGGCGCAUCCAGGCCACGCCUAUGGACGGACCAAGACGUCACGGCGUCCCUCGACUCUUUGAGACUCCCUCACAGGCUGGACAGAGGCACAUGGUGCACGCCCUCCUCGUUAUGCUUCCAAGAGAAUUCCCAGGAUGGACAACAUCUCCUAGACUUCUGGACCCACACGAAGAACUUCAGAAGAACGGCCUCUAAAGAUCUCCAGGAGGAGAUCUUUGCGUGCUUGAGAUCUCCUGCAAGUUCAAAGACUGAGACUGACGGAGAGAUACUGUUCUUCAGGGACUGGGUGCAUAUCACAGUAGUUAAAGAGUAAGCCAGUGAACUAUAACUUACCUAGGCCCUGUUUCAUAAAACUUGUCAGCACUGACAAAUGAUAGUCUUUGUUAAACUUGCGUCUGAUUGGUUAUCAGCAGAUUUUUCACUGAUUGUUGUUAUUUGUCAUUGAAAGAAGGCCUGUGAAACGGGUCCCUGAUUCGAAUAUUUACAGGAUUUGGGGAAAUUGUUUUCACUACAUUAUCAAGAUAACCCCCAAAGUGAGGUUGGUGGAAAAAUAAGGAAUUGUAUGGGAUGAAUAAGGUGUACCCACUCUUGGAUUGUGUAAUGUAAGUAUAUGUAGUUUGUUAUACGUAUCAUGUUUUACAUUUUGUUUGUACAUGUACAGCGAUAAGACACACAUCCAAAGAGCAUUCCCAGAUCUCUUCAGGUGCUAUGCCGGGGCUGUAUUUAAGCGUGUAGUAAUUGAUAACAAUCGUUACUUCGAAUGAUUCCAAGCACUGAAUUUUGAUAAAAUUGUUCAAUUAAAGUUUCAGCAUUACAAUGAUGAAAGAUUUUUUUUUUUUUAAUUCUUCGAAUAACUACUUUAAUCAUAGUCAUAAUGAGCACUAAGUUUCAUAAUAGCACUGAACAUUGUUUGCAUCUGUCAAGUAUAUAUCACGCGGAGAAUCUGCGGGUUGUGUGCAAGAUAAAUAAGCUACUAUAAUAAGGGAGUUUACAGAUAGCACAUGGUACAAAUGACCCCAAAUAUCCACAAAUCUUUUACACAUGGAGAAGUUCCACUUUGAGCAUCUUAGAAA